ACAGAUAAUGUCAUGUCAGUCAUUGACGCACGUCAUAGUACUUUUAUCGAAAUAUCGCGAGAAAACAGAAUUCUCCUCGUAUUUCUAUCUGCAUAGCUAUCAUGCUGAAACUAUGAUACAUUCAUAACACAAAGCAUUCCUUUAGACUUAUUUCUGUAUUGAUGGACUUUAGUUUGUGAGUUUGUAAUGAUGGCAAAUAAUCGUAUACCUUCAGGGCCCAAUACGCCUGGGAGUCAACAGACCCCAACACAGCAAGGAAUUAAGAUAUUUAUACAGAGGGACUAUUCUGAGGGCACUGCGGUGAAGUUCCAGACUCGUUUCCCGCCAGAACUGGAAGAUCGAAUAGACAGACAAACAUUCGAGUACACGAUGGAGCGUCUGAACGAGCACUUCGAGAUGGCGGAGACGGCUGACUGCAGCACUUACUGCGAGGGCUGUUUGGCCUGCCUCACUGCCUACUUCAUUUAUAUCUGUACGGAGACACAUUAUGAAAAGCACUUAAGAAAAGUAUCAAAAUUCAUAGCGACGCAAAACGAACGAGUUUACAACCCCCGCGGGAUUCACAUCACGGACCCCAUACUACGGGGUCUUCGAGUCAUAGAGAUCACGGUCAUUGAUGUCCCCAACUGCCAGAGUCCGACUGGCAACUCGAACAACCAAAUGAGGCAUACAUGACCACCACAGGAAAACCGGGAGUUCUUCAUGUAACCAAGCAGACUCUUCUUGAUGUAAGGAUUUGGCUCUUAUAGGGUAAGGAUUAAGGUUUCUUUUCCUUUGCAGAGUUGGCUGUCACGAAUUUUGUACUGUCAUUGUUUGGUUUGAGGAGAUUUUAAGCAGUUGCGUCUGGUAUAUUUUGGAGUCGGUACUUGAGUGUAUUGAAUUUGACGAUAUCUUGCCUUUUCAGGUAAGCACUCCAAAAUAUAACAACUGGGCUGAGUAUCUAUGCAAUUUCUUGUAAUAAAUAUCACCACUUUUUUUCUACUAUCAAACAAUGGCGAAGGUAUCCACUUACCUUACGGUGAUAAAAAAACUAUAGCUUGAAAAUACAAUCUAUAUCGUGUUCAGCACUGUUUUAAAAUUGCCUACAAACCAUGAAAUUAAAUACAAUAGUAAAUAUGUUAUCAGAUGACGGUAAAAUCAGAUAUUUUCUCAGGCACUUGUGAAAGAUAAGUAAAAAUUUUCUUGUUUGCCGAUUCAUUCGUAUGAGUAACCAGUUAGAUAAUAAUACAUUUUUUAAAUAAAAUAAUUGUGUAUGAUAGAGUAGGUAUAAUGAGAGCUAAAUUCGUAUGUCACUAAGAAGAUUUUAUACAAAAGUUUUUUAAAUAUAGACUGUCUUUUUCCAAUAAAAUUUUCUUUCGAGUCAUAGUAUAUUGUGUAAAUGUGUAGAUAGGACCACUGUGUGGUCUAAUAUUAUGAACGUAAUUUUUGUACCUAGCUUUGUUUUAGAACUUUCAUGAUCGUUUUUUAGGGGAAUUUGGUAAUAAUGACAACAAAAAGUUUUAAGAACCAUGAAAAUACUGGAUUUCUUAAACACUAAUAAACUAGUUUGUAUGUAAUAUUGUCAUUAUUCCUAAAUUCCCUUCACAUCAGUAAAUAAAUCCAAUAAAUUAAGUAUUUCACAUCAAGACUAAGAGUGACUCAAUUUUGAUCUUAUGACUGAAUUUAAUUUAAUUUUCGUUUAGCAUGACAGGACUCCUUUUGCCAAAAUUUCUUCCAAUUUGAAUGAAGAAUGUUGUAGAUAUAUAGUUAUUGUUGAAAUGAAAAUAUCGGACGUAUGUUAGACUUUGUGGCUUAUCAUUUUGCGUAAGGGAAUGUACUAGCAGUAAUGGUUUGAGUUAUUUUUCUGUGGUAUUUUUAUCUUUGACAUCUUCAUUGUUAAAGUAACUAGGGUUUUUCCAAGGAUGACUAACUUUCGUCAUAACAGCACUUAUGGAGCGGAUACAUAAUAAAACACAAACCUAAUUGUGUAUUUUUAUAUAAAUAAUGUGGUAAUCUUGCCAGACAUAGAAAAUGGAAAAAUCUUUGAAAAAAUGACAAAUAAAAAUACUUUCAGCAAGAUAUCUCGAAUUGAUAUCUUAAUAGAUAAAAUAAUAUAACAAAUUGUAACAUAAAGAUUAGCUGAAAUCGUGGUUAUGCCAUUUUAUCUGUAGAAGAUAUUAGUGCUAGUACAUUUUAGUCUUAGUUCAUGUGGAUUAUAUGUAUAGCGUAUUAAAUAAUAACUUUUAUACAGUCUUGUCUUAGCCAUUCCACGUAAUUUUUAGUAUUUAAAUACACGUUACUUUUUUCUCUAAAUGUGUGAAAAUUGGUAAAACUUCCACUAAUUUUAUAUCAUUUUAAUCAUUACAAUGCAAUUUGUUUAGUUUGAAUUUUCUGAAUUAAAUAUAUUUUAAAUCUUGCUAGUGUAUUAUAGCCCCAUUGUCCUCUUUCAAAAUUUUCAGUAAUUUUUACUUCCUUACAAUGUUACUUUACUAGUCUUGAGUGUGUGGCGCAAUAGAAAUUAAAUUUAAAAUAAUAGUCAUUAAUAUUUCAAUCCAAUUUGACUCUUAAGCCCAUGAACUAAGACUCAAUUUCGUGAUUACGUUGUAAGGGCCAUACUAUGUAUUUUUGUGAAUAGACGUUAUGAAAACUCUUUAUAAAAAAAUAAUAAUCCAUUAUGGCCCCUAAUUGUACUCUGUAUACUAAUUAGGAGUAAUUAUUAUGAAGUUAUCACUAAUUUAAUAAUUAUUUUAUGUGUAAAUUAAACUAUCGAAGUAUAUAUUGGCAAAAAUUUAAUAUUUUUUAAAUGUAUCGGCAUUGUAUAUAACGAAAGGGUGUUUUAAAAAUGUAGUUGGAUUUUUUAUUUAAAGCAGUGAUUUACCAGAAAGGCAACAAUAUGCUAAAGUGUAUGUGUGUGUUCUAAAAUAGCAUUUUCUAUUCUUUGUUUCUUUUAUUAGUGAAUAUAGUUUCUUUAUCACAUUUAUUGGCACAAAUCAAACUGUGGUAUGCACCUAAAUUGUAUUUGAAAUCAACAACUUGCAUACAUUUUGAAAUCCCUGACUUAAUUUAAAUUUCUGUAAAAUCUGUACCAAUAGACAUUUUAACCACUAUUUUUAUUUAUUGAUUGAUUGAUUUUCGAGUUCACAGCUACGAAAGUACCAAGUCGCAAUAAGCGAACAAAUGUGUUACUAAAGGUGAAUGCAGAUUUAUCCCAGCAUGUAAAAAAAAAAUGAUAAAUGUGUGUAUACCUUAAAUGUUGCUGCAGGAAUGAUAGCUUAUAAGAUGUUCACAAUUUAUUUCCAUUACGUAAAAGAAGCCGUAAGUAACUGCUAGGUUAUUUUUUUUUACUUUAAGUAAUAGUUAAACAUACCCUAUUUUCAAUGCCUUUACCUUCCUUUUUGGUAAAUUUAACAUUUUCUUUUUCAAAAGGAUUAUCAAAUCUCGACAAAUAAGUCUGCUACUCCGAAUUUGGUUACAAAUGCAAAUGACUUACCAAUAGUCAAAGUUAAUGAACAAAACCUAUAGCGCAUGCGCGAAGCGUCAAAUGGCUGACUUCAGAGACGCAAAGUUAUUUGACGAAAGCAAUACUUAGCCAGGUUAUAGAACUCCUGUUAUAAUCUGGCAACUCUUAUGAAAAUGUUACAUUUAAAACAUCAUUUCCUUGUAAUAAAACGUUAUUUAGUAUAAUUUGUGUAGUUCAGCAUUUAAUUCAUAUUUAUUGUAACUUAGGAUAUGUAUCACAAGUAUUUAUAAUUUUAUCUUGAUAUGUGGAAACAGUUUAUUUGUGAGCAUAGAGUGCCUGCGAAAUUCUUGUUUUAUUUAAAUUUGAUUUAACAGUGUGAUAAAUUAAACAUUUCGAGUAGAAUUUUAUGCAAUCAGACACAGGUGCACUCUCAUAGAGAGAGAUCAGGUGCAAGACAGACAUUAACCACCAACUUCCAGGCUUCGGGCUGCUUUGUGAGUUUCUAAAAAUUCAGAAAUCGAUUUUGGCCCGACCCGUGACCCCAGGCACGGGACAUCCUAAAUAUUUUUAAACAAAAUAGUUUUUCUGUCAUAAAAUUAAUUCAUUGUCUAUCACAUGUUAUCGUAUUUUGUAUAAAUUGGUAAUAAAAUCGACUGUACACGUAAUUUUUAUGUUCGUUUUUUACCAUUAGAUAGCUUAGUGUUACAAACAAGCAUUUUGUCAUUUUUAUACGAAAGAUUUGGAGUUGUUAAUUGCGCCUCAUCUGUGGGACUUUUAGAUUUGCAAAAUUUUAUUUUAAAUAAUAGAAAAUAUUAUUAAAAGCCGACCACAGUAUAUUGUGGUAUGUUGUGAUUCCUCUCACUUGUCAAAGUGAAAGAUUUUAAUUCAAAUAAGCCUUUGGGAGCUUUAUCGUGACAUAAAGCUGGUUGCACGGUUCCAAAGAGUGGGUCUCAUGCAGAAGAACAGGCAAAAAAGUCCAUAGGCGCUCUUUUCAAACCUUGGAAAACCCAUAUUUAAAUAUGUUGUAUUUUUUUUUCUAUCUGCUUAGAAGUCCUGCAGAUGACAUAAAUAUAGCUAAUAAUUUAUAUGAUAGUUUAUAAAUGUAUAGUAAAAGAUAUCAAAUUUUAUCACAAAAUUUUCAUGUAACUAGAGAUAUUGUAUAAAAUGCACAGAUAAAAAAUGAUAUUAGUAUAAUGUUGCAAACAAAAAAAAAACUUAAACAAAAAAUACUAAAGUUUUAGCGUUAAGUUAUAGAGUAUAUUGUAAAAUUUACUAUGACUAUUAUUAUAGAAUAAUUGGAAUUAUGUAUGUGAAUAUUUCUUUUUUUAUAAUAAAAGUUAUUAUAAAAAU